AUGACGCAAGAUGAACCUACACAAUUUUAUGAAAGAUCAAGAAUUUGUCAUUUAAGACAUGAUGGUGUGUCAAAUCAUGAGUACACAAGAUACAAACCAGCUGAAACUAUAUUUGCUAAAGGUGGGUUGAAUCAGGUUUCAACUACAAAACAUAUUGGUAAUUUACCCCUUGAGAUUAUAGACUUGAUAAGAAUAUUUGUGAAUGAAGAUGAUCCAAAAUCAAACUUGAAAUAUUUCACGGUGUGCAAAAGCUUUUACUUCAUCUUCAGGAAAGCAUUAUAUGAAAGUAUCAAUAUCAUAGUUGGACAUGAAGGUGUCCAUUUUGAACUUAGACCAAAGGAAAAAUUGAAUAAAACAAUGGGUGAUUCAUUACAUAUAAAUUAUAAUCAAAGAACUUUGGUCACAAAUUUAUCAAAAGGGUUACAAUUUUUGAAAUUAAUUGAAUCAAGAGAGGACCUCAGAUCAUUAGUUGAGAAUUUACAUAUUGGUGGAUUAAACAUGAACAUUCAUAGUGAUUAUUUAUCCAGUUCCAUCAGACAAAAAAUGACUAGUGAAAGAUUCAAUCCCAAUAAGGAAAAAAAAGCUACAAUAUUCCAAUCUGAGGUUCAUAAGUUCAUCCUAUUGAGGAAAAAUGUCAAAUGUUUCCUAUCAGAACUAAUUAGUCAAACUACACAGAAUUUUCACACUUAUCGAAACUUCAUACCCAAUAUAAAGACAUAUACCAACAACAAGAGAAACUUUUAUACCAAAGAAGAAGUUUUAAGUUCACUUAUGGAUCCAGAAUCUUCAAAAUACCAGUGCGUUGACAGGCUAAGAGUUCCAUCUAUGCUUUUUCAACCUUAUAAAGGGUUUGAUUAUGAUCUUCAUGAUUCGAUGAUCUUUUUGGAAUUUUUGAAUCACGCUCUUUAUGUGAUCACGAAGCUUCCUUUUAAAUCAUCCUCUUUGUCAGUUUUGAACUAUGCCAAUAAACAACUUGAAUCAUAUUAUGGUGGGAAAAGUGAUUCUUUUGAUCAUAGUAUUGCUUUUUUAACAUUUAAUUUUUAUUUCAUAUGUCCUGAGACUUCAAGCAAUAUAAAAGAAUUUCAAAAGACAUUUAAUACAUUCUGA